AUGGAACUUCUCCUACUGCUCUUCCUUUUCCUCCACAUCCACCCCACGCUCUCCGGGAGCCUUCCGGAGUACCAAGCGCUGCUCUCUGUCAAGGCCGCCAUAACCGACGACCCCCAGCGGGCGCUCACGUCGUGGAACGCCUCCACCAACCACUGCACGUGGACGCACGUCACAUGCGACCCCUCCAGCUACCACGUAACCGCCUUGAACCUCUCCGGACUCAACCUCUCAGGCACACUCUCGCCGGAUCUUGCCCACCUGCGCUUCCUCUCGAGGCUAUCCUUCGGCGCCAACCAGCUCUCCGGGAACAUUCCCGGCGAGCUCGGGAGUUUGGUGAGCUUAAAAUACAUGAACCUGUCGUCUAACAUGCUCACAGGUAAGAUUCCGUCGUCUUUUGCAGAGCUGAAGAACUUGACUCUGUUGAGCUUGUUGACAAACCAGCUUCAGAGCGCGAUUCCUGAGUUCAUCGGAGACUUGCCGGAGAUUGAGGUGCUGCAGCUGUCAGCCAAUAGCUUCACGGGAAGCAUUCCUCAGGGGCUCGGAAAGAGUGGAAAGCUUCGGCUUCUUGAUCUUUCGUCGAACAAGCUAACCGGGACUCUGCCUCCCAAUUUGUGUACCGGGAAUCGGCUUCAGUCUCUGUUUACUAUGCAGAAUUUCUUAUUUGGUCCGAUCCCGGAAACACUGGGGAAGUGCGAGUCACUGAUUUUGAUCCUAAUGGGUCAGAACUAUCUCAACGGGUCGAUACCAAGAGGGCUUCUCGGGUUGCCGAGGCUCAGUGCAGUGUUCCUGGAGGACAACAAUCUCACCGGGGGGUUUCCGGAGACCGAUACGAUUGCGGUGAGUCUCGUCGUGAUCAGUUUGUACAACAAUCAGCUUUCCGGGCCGUUACCGCCGAGUAUCGGAAACUUCUCAGGCCUUCAGGAUCUUUCUCUCGACAGAAACCGUUUUUCUGGUGCAAUCCCAUCACAAAUCGGGAGGUUGCAGUACCUUGUCGGCUUAGGCUUAAGCCACAACAAACUCUCGGGCCCCAUUCCACCCGAAAUCAGCCAAUGCAAGAAUUUGACGGAUGUCGAUCUUAGCCAAAACGAGCUCGCCGGCAAGAUUCCCAACGACAUUACAAAAAUGAAAAACCUCAACUACCUGAACCUCUCGAGAAACCAUCUCGUUGGUCGUAUUCCUGCUUUGAUAGAGAGUAUGCAAAACUUGACCUCCGUCGAUUUUUCGUACAACAACCUCUCUGGUUAUGUUCCUGCCACUGGACAAUACGUCCACUUCAAGCCGACGUCGUUUCAGGGCAAUGCCGAUCUCUGCGGACCUUAUGUACGGCCUUGCAAGGAUGGGGUUGCCAAAUCUACAGCCGCAUCGAUGACCGGCACAGAGUUCUGUUCUGCUCUUGUGGUGUUGUCUUUAUGUGUUUGUGGAACGUUGUUUUGUUCUGUUUCAUGGUACAUUGCCGGUUUCGUGCCCCAAAAGGAUGUCAGGGAAACAGCGAAUCGACGGAAUACGUGA